AUGAGUACAUCUUCGUCUUCUUCUGAAUCAACAUUACCAAAAUUACCAGAAUCUGAAUCAGACGCAUAUGAACUUGAACAAGAACAUGUUCAUAAAGUUUAUAAUAAAAUUGCUCAUACCUUCAGUGAUUCUCGCUAUAGACCAUGGCCUCAUGUUGCUAAAUUUUUACAUACUUUUUCCAGUGGUUCAUAUGUACUUGAUAUUGGUUGUGGAAAUGGAAAAUAUAUGAAUGUUAGAAAUGAUUUGAUGAUGAUUGGUUGUGAUCGAUGUGAAGGUCUUUUAAAAAUAUGUCGUGAUCGUCAUUAUCAAGUAUUUCUUUCUGAUUGUAUGAAUAUACCUGUACCAACAAAUACAUUUGAUGGUGUUAUAUCUAUUGCUGUUAUUCAUCAUAUGAGUACUGAAAAUCGACGAUUAAUAGCCUUACAAGAAAUUGUUCGAAUAUUAAAACCAAAUGGUCAAGCAUUGAUUACUGUAUGGGCAAAAGAACAAGAAAUUGAAAAUAAAAAAAGUAUAUAUAUUAGUAAACAUGUAAAACCAUCUCUAUUGAAUAUGUCUUCGAUUAAUAUGAAUGAUGAAACAAAAAAUGAAUUAAUUAUUCAUACACCACGUACAGAAUUUCAACGAUCUGAUUGUCUUGUACCAUGGGUAAAACCAACAGAACAACAUUUAAGAUAUUAUCAUGUUUUUAUUAAAAAUGAACUUGAAAAUUUAUUGAAUCAUAUUUCAAAUAUUGAAAUUAUUAAUUCAUAUAAUGAUGAUGGAAAUUGGUGUGUGAUUUUUCGAAAAAUUUCAUAG